CAAUACAAAAUGAGAUAACUAUUUAAUUUUUGUUAGGGUUGACUGUAAUGUUACUCAACAUUUAUAUUUUUACUUAUUUUUGAAUACAACAAAUGAGGGCUUAUUAUUGUGGAUUCUGUCAAAAACGAGAAAAUCCAUUAAAAACCACUUAGCUCGAACAAUAAUGUGCUCAAAUUCAAAGAUGCUCAGUUUUUAAAGAGCACAAAGUGUUAUAGGACAUGAAGUGGCAUGUGGCAUACAUGUUUAACACAGCAUCUAUCAAGUAAUUAGCAACUAUGUAUACACAUUUCAGGAACAAAUGAUUUUAAGAAAUUAUGUUCAUGAAGUUCAAGGUGAAACCAUCAAGAUACCAAGAGGUAAAGUAACUUUAACAAAAUCUGCAGUGCCAACUAUUUUUCCAAACUUGCCAUCAUACUUGACACAGCGCAAGCCAUACAGAAGAAAACUAGAGAUGAGUAACAUUGAUAACAAAAAUUCUGUCAAGAUAGCUCGCUUAGAGCCACAAAGUGCCAGCUCCCCAAGCACCACAAAAAACGAAAAUGUGUGGCAGUGGCUAAUAUCAAGGUCUCUUGAUAAUAGUUGGGGCAGAAAAAUAGAAAACAAUGCUUCACUGACAUAUUUCUACUACCGAAAAUCUGAGCAGAACAAUGCAGAUUUGUUAAUUAAAGUUGUUUGGGAACGUGACAGUGCUCAGCCAAGUUUGUACAUUUGCAAUCGUAAAAUAAAUAUGAGGAGGUUAAAUUUUAACUAUGUCCAUACUACAGACAGCAUUUUGUUACUUCUCAGAAAGUUGGAAAUAAUAGAGUUUUGCAAAGGGGUAAAUAUCAAAGAAAUAACCAGCAUGAACUCACCUCAAGUGUCAUUAAAAAUAUUAAGUAAUGCAACAAUAUGCAAUGGAAUUUUGUUUAGUCCAAAAUGUUGCUUUGUUUCAAAUGAAGUUUGCCUACACUGCAAAUGCUUCAAAACACGAUUAAUAAGUAAAUCUAAAGUUCCACGAAGAUGCUUUCUAACUAGAAAUGUGAAGCGUUCGGUACUAAAAGAAAGAUCUGCCAUUACAAUGAUAAAACACUUACAAGGAAAAAACAAACAGCUUUCUACUACUGCUUUACAAGAGGCCAUAAACAAUUUGCCAGAAAAACAGCAAGAAGCUGUAAAACAGUGCUUUCAUUCAUGUACGUUGCAGAAAAAUUCUUUUAGUAAGAAAUGGAUACUGGAAUGUAUUCUUAUGCGAUGUAAGAGCCCUUCUUUGUACAAGCAUAUUCAAGAACAAAAAAUUCUUCAUGUUCCCACAGUACGCACUAUGAACACAUACAUCCGAGGUAUAAAGGCAGAAUGUGGCAUUUCAGAUGAUAUUCUGCAGUGCAUUCAAUGUAAACUGAAAUCCUUGCCUAUAAGAAAAGACACAAUUGAACGUCAUGGUGUACUGCUGUUUGACGAAAUAAGUUUAACACAACAUUUGGAUUUAAAUUCAGUGUCUGGUACAAUCACAGGGUUAGUGGACAUAGGUUCUAAUACAACAUACACACAAAUCUCUCAGUAUGCUGACCAUGGUUUGGUCCUAUUCUUUCGGCCAUUUAUUGGUAACUGGGGCCAGGUUGUUGGUGUGUAUCUCACCAAAAAUGCAGCCCCUGGCAAUGUCCUUACAAAUUUGGUUCUGGAUGCUAUUGUGAAACUAGAUGCAGCUGGUCUGUUUGUAGACUGCGUAGUGUGUGAUGGAGCAACAACAAACCGUUCAAUGUGGAAAAAGUUUGGUAUUGGCAUAAAAGAUGAGAAGAAAGUUUGUAAUUCAGUUACCCACCCAUGUAGUGAAACAGGCGACAGAAAGUUAUAUUUCAUUUCUGAUGGUCCACACUUGUUUAAGUGCAUAAGAAACAGAUGGCUUAAAUCACGUGUAUUUAAGAUCGGGAUGGAAGAAGCAUGCAUGAACCACUUGGAACUUCUACUGAAGUAUGACAGUAAAGCGGCAGGCCUAAGAAUGGCCCCAAAUUUAACAUAUAAACAUGUGCAGCCAAAUAAUUUCCAGAAAAUGAGUGUUACUCUCAUGAAGCAGCUUUUCAGCAUGGAAACAGCUGCAGCUUUGAAGUUUUACAGUAACAAGCCUGAUCUAGAAAAUAUUUCUGGCACUGUAAAUUACAUAGAAAAAGUUGCACAAGUUUAUUCCAUACUAGACAACAACAAACCAUGGAAAGGCCUGACUGUUGGAUCAGAUGAUGAAAAGGUAAAACUCUAA